AUGGCUUUGGUAGGAAAAAUAAUCGGCUACACUGAGCUUCUUUCAAGCGGAAAGGUGAUACAUGAUAUCUUGAGGUACCAACCGCAUGACAUAGCUUCCAUUUCCCCUGAUAAGAUUCAUUCUUUUGAUCUGCUAAGUGGUCGCCUAGGUGCCGUUGGAUCAACCAUCAUCUGGCAAUUUACCCAUGAAGGAAAAAAGCUAACUUCAAAGGAGAUAAUAGAAGAAAUCGACGAGAGCAACCACAAAAUCGUAUUCAAGAUGGUAGGAGGGGAGAUAGUGGAGAUAUACAAGGCCUUCACAACAACAUUUCAUUGUGAAACAAUAGAUGGCAAGGAAAUUGGCGUUGUGACCAUAGAGUUUGAGAGGCCAAAUACAAUUGUACCCUAUCCAACUUCUAUAAUGGACUAUUUCUCCGCUCUUCUCAAAGAAUUGGAUGACCACAAUACCCGGCCGUAA